AUGGAUUCAGUAUAUUCAAACAAAGAAAUGAUAGACAAUUUCAUUGAAGAUUAUGAUGAUAUUAACGGUGUUAAUGACUCCACCACUGCUACUACUCCUGAUGAUGAUGAUGAUGAGGAGGAGGAGGAGGAGAAGGAGGAGAAAGACGAGGAAGAGAAAGACACAGAUGUGGAUUUUAUACAACGACUUGGUAUUGAACUACAAAAACGUAUUGGUAUAUUACCUAAAGUUGAAGUCAUUACAUUAAUCUUAACUAAUAAACCCAAGAAAUUCAUAAGAAUCUUAUGUGUUAAACCAAAAUCUUAUUCAGAAAUAUCACGUACAAUAAGAGCAGCUAGAACAAUGAAGUUAAUGAUUCGAGCCUGUGGUCAUUUAUCAUCUUAUAAUUCAAUCUUAUACGGUACAAAACAUACUGUCCUAAUUGAUUGUGUUAAUUUAUCCGAUUCCCCAAGGAUUGAAUUUGUUAAUAUCAAAUGUAAAACUACUGGAAAAGAGAUUCAAGGAUUAAAACUAUUAUCAUGUGUUACUAUGAAUGAAUUAAUUCAUUAUCAAAUUAAUCAUAAUAUUGAAAUUAAUCAAUAUGUUGAUACAUAUUCAAUACAAGAUACCAUUGUUGGAUCAAUUUUAUCAACACAACCAGGUAUUAUUGGUCCAACUGGUUCAGCAUAUGGUGGUUGUUUAACUGAUGAAGUUAUUGCUAUACGUAUAGUUAAUUGUUAUGGUGAUUUAAUUGAAUAUUCAAAUGAAAAAGAAAUUAUGAUAGCUGUUUCAAAUUUAGGAUUAUUAGGUGUUGUAUAUGAUGUAACACUUAGGUAUACUCCAAUUACAUUAACAAAGGUGAAUUAUCAAUUUUACAAAUGGUCGGAUCUAUUGAACAUCGAGAAUAAUAUACUAAAGGAUGCUAUAACUACUAAUCAAUCUAUUGAAAUAAUCUAUUUACCAUAUAAUAGUUGUCAUACUCUCUCUAGCACUAAUGACAAUAAUGAUACUCUUACUGAUGCUGUUGUCGAUGAUGGUAAUGAUGUUGACGAUAACUAUAUGGAUGGAUCAAUAGAUUUAAAAAAUUGGAAUAUUGAAGAAGAUGAAUUAUUGUUACGCACAACUAAACGUCUUUCACAAGAUAUUCAUGAUAAUUAUAUUACUGUUGACAUAAGAAAUAAUAGUCACAGUAAUAAUAAUAUUAAUGAUAAUGAUCCUUCAAUCUGUUAUGACUCUGAUCCACAACAAUUUGUUUAUUUGUUAGAUCAAGUAUUUGGACCAUCUAGUAAAGAAUUGAUCGAACAACCGGAUAAUACACCAAAAUUAUUGAAAAGAGCACAUCAUUAUUUAAAGUGUAAAUAUUGUCCAAAGCCGACGAUUAUUCAAUAUACACCAUGGGCAUUAAAUUCAUUUGGUAAAUUUAAGGAACCACUUAGAAUAUUGAAAUUUACUAUGGAAACAGAUCCUGAAUUAAAUCGAUUCACAUUAGCGAUUCAUACAAUCUUAGACAUACUUCAUAAGUUAGCCAACGAUGAUUUGCCAAAUUAUUCAGUUAAUCUUGGUCUACGAAUACAAUUUACACGUGGUACUAACAAUGGUCAUCUGUUAGGUGUUGGUUUGGAAAGUGAUGAACCAAAAUUAGAUCGAAAAAAUUUACUUUUAGCACAUAUCACAUUUAUGGGUUUAAUAGGAAAUGGACCAAACAAGCUAUGGAAUGAUGCAGCUAAACAAAUUAAUUUAACUAUGUUAACUAAAAUACCGACUUGUAUGCCACAAUGGAAAACAGAAUGGCAUGUGAAACAGAUUUUACUUAAUAAAUUUCGUGAAGCAUUAAAACAAACCGCUGAACCAUUGAAACAAUUAAUUACUAUAGCUGAUCGUGAUGGAAUGUUUUUAAAUCAAUAUUUAGCAUUCAUUUUUUAUUCAAAAUUAACAUUCUAUCAGAAAUUAUAUGAAUCUCAAAGAAAUGAUUACUUGUAUAAUUCGGAAAUGGCGAGUUUCAUUGCAAAACAACUAAUUGGAAAUCAGUUGGAUUCAGUGAAGGGUGCAUUAGGUGAUAAGAAAGAUGAAGGUGAAGGUGUUUUAGGUGGACGUAAAGAAAUUGAUCCAGAAGUUGAAGCUGCAUUACGUGAGGCAGAAGAAAAACGAGAAGCUAAACAUCGUAAAAUGGAAGAAGAACGAGAAGUAAUGCGUCAAGGUAUCAGAGACAAAUAUGGUAUUAAGAAAAAAGAAGAAGAGGUUCCAGCUGAUUUUGACUUUUCCAGUCCUGAAGGACGUCUUGGUCGUAAACGUAAAACACCAGCUGAACUAGCGGCUGAAGCAAAUGAAGCGGACGAUGAAAACAUUUUAACAAGUAUGUUACCAGAAAAUAUGAGAAAUAUGGCUAAUAAAGUAACAGAAGUUCCAGGAAAAAUAAUUUCAGAAGCUAGUGAAAAAUGUCUCCUUAUGUGA